AAUAUUCGCAGCGGCCGCCGAUUUCUCUCCCCAACCCGCCUUCCCUCGCCGCCGCCGACCUUGCAACUUUUCAGAGAGUUGCUGCAAAGUCUGUUAGGGAACGCACUUCUAAUUGGACCAAUGCACUUGAUGAGACCAUGCUGAGGAUAUUGAAACAGGAGUACAUGCUAGGAAACUAUGUUGGGGGACAAUUCACAAAUGAUGCCUGGACACAAAUAGUCUCAACGUUUAAUCUUCAGACGGGCUUAACUUACACUAAGGCCCAUAUCAAGAAUCGUUUGAAGGUCUUAAAGAAGUCAUUCUCAUUGUACCAUACCCUUGCAACCAAAAGUGGAUGGGGAUGGGAUCCAGAUAAAAAUAUGCUGAUAAUUGGAGAUCUUUCAGACUGGGAAGACAUGAUAGAGGCAAAUCCACAAUAUGCCAAGUGCAAGGACAGACCUUUCCCAGCUUUUGCGAUCCUUGAGUUGCUUUGUGCAAACACAUCAAUUGCGAAGCAUCAGGAUAAAACGGCUCUAGAUGCAAAUGACAGGGAUACUAGCUCUAACACAUCCCGUGAAGUCUCUAGUUCCUCAAAUCCCAGAAAAAGAAAAAGGACUGCUGUGGCAAAAGCUAUACCAGAUCCUGUGCAGACAAGAAGGAGGCGACCAAAGAUAACUAAAGAACAAAUCAGCUGUGCAAAUGUUGCUGGACCGAGGGUGUAUUCGAUUGAAGAUUGCAUUGACAAGUUGGAAACACUGCCUAACAUCUCCUCCGAAGCAUUCCUUUCUGCCUGCGAGGCUUUCAAGGACGAGCAUGAUAGGUCCAUUUUUAUGCGACUUCAUGGACCGUUGCUUAACAUGUGGAUCGAUAGGCAGGUUGCUAAGCACUCCAUAUCAGCAGUCCAGGUGGUAGUACCCUCCCAGCAGCAGUCACCUUAGUGGUUCUGGUCAGACCACAAGCAGCAAUGCUGCGAAACUUACUACCCCUUAAAGACGGGAGACUCUUUGAUUUUGACAAAGUUUUUGUUUUUCAGUUAUGUAUAGUUCACCACACUGGAUGGUGGAAUGUCAACUUCAAAUUUCGUGAUGUCUUAAUUUGCCAUUUUAUUAUCGUCCUACUUCUAGUUCCAAGUUAUUUUUGCACUCAAUUUGUAAUUUAUGCUUUGGAUCGUUUUGAUUUGAUUAUAUAUGAGGAUGAAAUCUGGGUCAGUCUGCAAAA